AGAAUAUAAACUCUUCCACAGAAUUAUUAUUUUUGCAUCAUCAAUGUAUGAAGAGAAACUGAGUAAGAAAUGGAAACAUCAAACAAGAACAAGAAAUCAUAAAUCUCUUCACCAGUACUAGUUUCAACAAACUGUUCAGGUUUCAAAUCAUUUUACAUUACUUGUUGUCACCUUCUUUGCAAGGAUUCAAAAACAUAUAUCCGACCAUCGAUCAAACCGGUCUCAAAGAAGGCUUCUUCUUAUAUCUCUAUAAAUACUUCCAACAAAAAACCGAGCUCUCCACCUCCUCCUCCCCCAACCGAACAACAUCCUCAGAAUCACUUCACUGAUGGGAAAGAAGCAGCAUACGUUUAUUGGAAAAGAGUCCGGCAACUAGAACUCGAUCUUCUUCAAAUUAAUAAAUGGAUAGAUAUAGAGAAGAAUCUUAGAGACUAUAUUGAUAGUAGAAAUGAAAAAAAAAAAAUGAUAAGCUCGAAGGAGAUCACAGAAGUGGGAUUAGCAAUAAUGUUCUCCUAGAAUCUAAGCUUAUGAGACUUGUUAGUGGGGAAUAUGUCUAUGUCACCAAUAAAAGUAGACCUUGGGGAAGAAUGGUCAUGCAGAUUUCUGCCCCAAAAAUUUUGUACAAGGAAACUGGAUCUAGUACUGCUUUUCAGGUCUUGCAAGAAAUGACAUCCAUGGGUGAAAGCCAUAUGUGCUGUUGGUUGCUCGAAUCAAUGCCAAUGGGGGAAUUUGCGUGCGAAAAUUUAACUGAGAAGGUGUCACGUGGUUUUGAAAAGAAUUUAAUGGAGAGCAUACUUAGAAACUCGAUUAAGAAGAUGGAAGGUUUGGCUCUGGAGGGUUUAUCCAUUAUGAUGGGCGCAAAAGGAAAGGCCGCUAAAGAAAAAAGAGCAGAGACGAGAAAAGAAUGUAUAAUUAUUGCUGUGCUGAUACAAAUGAGAGAUCCAGAAGAAAGUUACAAAUCUUUUGGAGAUGUGAUGAUUGGGUUAGUUGAGGUUUUUGUUGCAGAAGAAAGUGGGUUCUACAUCGAGGGUGUUCAUGUUGCAGGCAUCUGGAAUGGUUUUCAGAGACCCAAUGCGAAGAUCAGGGCUAGAAAAAUGGAAAUCAAGGACGAAGAAAAUCAUAUCUGGAGUGUCACUUUGAGAAGUUGUGAAGAGAGAUAUAACUGUACCUGUUGGAAAUGUGUCAGGAACCCUAAUCUUGCUUUUGCUUCAUGAAUGUAGUAAUAAGUGAUUUGUCUUCAACAAAACGCUAUUAAUUAUUUUCAAAUUAAUUUAAUUCUUGUUCUAAUGAAAUUGUUAGGGAAUGCAUUCAGUGGAAACGUUAACCCUUGGAACCUUGAAUCCGUUAGUUUGUUAGGGAACAACUAAGAAAGCAAAAAAACAUCAGAGAAACAUGAAUAUGCACCACAGUUCCUGCGUACCAACUUCUGCACCUAAGCACCCCACAAAAUUAU